AAUUUAAAGGUGAACAAACCCUUUAACUGUGACUUCAUUUUGCCUGAUUAUGUCCAUUUGUCCUUUUAGAUUUCGACGAUGGAGAAAUCAUUGAGAAAUCCAUCUCUCAAGACGCUGUACUCCGUCCUGAAGAACUUCAGGGAGGAAUAUACAGACUUUGAGGCCCUUGCCUCUUAUUACGAAGAUCACUACCAGGACCAAAACAGCAAGAACCUCAACCUAAAACACUUCCUUCUUACGUGUAUUGAGGACCCGAGGAUGAGGGCUAAGGAGAACAUUGCCCAAUACAGUUUAAUGCUCGACUCACUGGAAGUGCUCAAGAGGGAACGUGCCUCCCUCAAGAAUGCCAAGCUGCCUCCUGGUCAUCCAACACGACUGCAAAACCGGAGGCAGAACUAUGAGUAUCUGCGGCUGCAGAAUACCAUCAAACAUCACUUUCGGCAUUUCCACAUCGAGCUCUUGAGGGAGCAGAAGCUGCGGGAAGCUGCUGGUAAGAAACAAACGCACAAACAAACUCCUGCAGCUAAAGAAAAGGAGUAUGGAGCCACUGCAGCAGCAGAAGAGGGAGCCCUUGCCUCACAGGGGAAAGAAGGAGCAAAAGAGAAAGAAGAGGAGGAAGAAGCAGCUCCUGGAGAAGUACAGCAAGCUCUUGAAGAGAAUGAGAAAGAGGGAGCAGAAGAAGGAGGUUUCCCAUAA